AUGAUACAAAAGGACGAAUACUUCGUUUUGAUAUUAGGCCUUGACAAUGCUGGCAAAACGACGUAUUUGGAAGCUACUAAGACUAAAUAUACAAAAAAGUAUAAAGCUAUGAACCCCAAUAGAAUCACCACAACAGUAGGACUUAACAUUGGUAAAAUUGAUGUAGAUGGAGUAAGGUUAAAUUUUUGGGAUCUCGGUGGACAGCAAGAGUUACAGUCAUUGUGGGAUAAGUAUUAUGCAGAAUGUCAUGCAGUAAUUUAUAUAGUAGACUCUUCUGACAGAGAAAGAGUUUCAGAAUCAAAAGAAACUUUUGACAAAAUGAUAGCUUCAGAACAUUUGUCUGGAGUCCCGCUGUUGGUGCUGGCAAAUAAACAAGACAUUCCAGACUGUAUGGGUGUGCAUACAGUUAAACCAAUAUUUAAUCAAAAUGCACAUUUAAUUGGAGCUAGAGAUAUUAUGUUAAUGGCAACAUCUGCUUUAACAGGUGAUGGUGUUGAUGAAGGCAUCCGAUGGCUAGUUGAUUGUAUAAAAAGAAACAGUAUUGAUAGACCCCCACGCAACCACGACGACAACUUA